AAACAUUUGCUUCAACAAGCUCGAGAGUUUCACGGCCGGAAAGGACGCACUCGCUUUUUCCCAUUCUUUUCUCGGGUUUGUUAUACAACUGCCUGCACCCUACCUUUGUUUACUCCAUUAUAUCUAGAUCAAAAUUGGUGCCAGAGACGCGUGCCAUUGCCUGGGUAUAUUGUUGCUUGUGGAUUGGUACACUUCUCGGACACAGAAGAGGAAAUCCACACCACCGGCUGCCUCCUCAUAAUGGACGACCACCAAGGAGAUGAGAACUUCCAGGAACUGCUACAAGAUCUGAUCACUGCAUCCAAGAUCCCGGCCAAACGUCGAGGUCUGCCAAUCAAGCCCACGGUUGAGAGGCUUACUUCACUGUCUUAUGACAGGGGUGCUCUGCCGGAUGAGCUCCAGGCUCUAGUUGAACUGAUCACCACUCCGAACCAUCUGGAUCAGGCAUCACUGGGUGCAAUUGUCAGAAAUCUCUACCCCAUUGGCAAGGUACCCGACCAGGUAGUACUCAGCAUUGUGGGAGCGCUGGGUCAUGGCCAACUUAAGCCAUCCUUGACUAUGCAAUCGCUAUUGUUAAAAUGGCUGAUAAUGGUCUAUCACUUCCUCGAAAGCCGAGAGGUUCUGUCCAAGUGCUACUCAGUGCUCUUCAACCUACUCGACACUGCAACCGUCAGGCCUCAAAUAUGCCACGUUCUUGCAUUGGCGACACGUCGCAGACAUGUCAGACCUUAUAGGAUACAAGCAAUUCUUGACUUGUCCCGCCAAACAGGCCACGACCCAUCCCUUGUGGGUCUCCUGAGGGUUUAUAAGAACUACUACCCUGAUGUCGUCGUUGGUGAUGCGACCAGGGGCAAAGCAUCGCCAUUCAAGUAUCCCGAUACCGAAUGGCGCCAACGCCUUGAAGAGAUUCAGAUAGCUCAUCAGCGCCAGCGCAAAGAUCGUGACUUUGCGGAUGGCGCCACUCGAGAUGGUUUUAGUGUCAAACAUCGCUUCGGGGCUCAAGGGGGGCUAGUACCUUCUGUACAAACUUCCCAUGCAAACGAAGAGUCAGUGACACUGGAUGAGAUUGACAGUGCCUCCCAAUUUGUCAAGCACCUAGAAAAGAUUGAGCUGCCAAACCAACUCGUGGCUGUCAUGGCAGACCCCUUACUGCAGAAGCUCUUGUUGCUCAGGCCAGAUGCCGGUGCAGAUGCACGUAUAGCCGAUUGGCUAGAGGCAUGCAUGAGUGACGCCGAAGAGGGUGCUUUUGUUGACGGCGGUAGUGCACUGCUUGAUCUUCUCGAAGUGGUUCGGGACCAUGCUGAUGCUACCAAACAACUCCAUCCAGUCUAUGACCAGUUGAUGCGCAAAAUAUACCCAGUUUGGAACGGUAAGGAUAGAAUAGACAUUGUGCUGGCCACCCUCACACAUGUCCCGGUUCAGUCCUUUAGCCAGUUGCAUAAGAGGCAUUUCGCAUUUGUCGAGAACAAGAUUGCGAGCAGCUCGCCGGAAUCCCAAGUUUUGCUCCUCGACUUCUAUAAUACUCUACUUCAGCGCUGGGCCGUUUCGAUGCUCUCAAGGGACACCGGAGUGCCCGUCACCAAGGGUGCGUCAGGGGCUAUUGCAGCCCUUGUCACUCAUGUCGGCCAGCUCAAUUCAACUAUACUCCAGUCAAAUCCGACUGUAGCUUCAUGCGUCUCAAUUCUUUCCUUUUACGACCAGGUGGCGAGGCUGUUUGCUCGACCACAGCUCAUGGAGCAUAUCCAAAUCACAGCUCCCGGCCAAUCGCUGAUUUACAAUCUGGCCUUCACCGAUUCCCCUGUCAUUUUCUCCGUCCUCUGCAACGUUCUCGCUUGCUACAAGCGUGGCCUUGAAGUUGCAACGGCUACAUCCGGCCCCAGCCAAAGGCGCAAGGUCACCCGUCAGGAGCGUGAACACGUACUGGUGUUCAACAGCUUCUUCAUGGAUAUUUGCAACCUUGUCUGGCGCGGUCGUGCCUUUGAAAAGCAAGGCGACAACGCGCGGGGAUGUAUGCUACAAGACGAAGUCAUCGCAACGCUGGAAGACUGGGCCGCCAGUCAGGAGGGUGGGGAUAGAAAAGCGCUGAGGAACAUGUAUGGAAUCAGCCGUGCCCCAGUGUUGUGCUCUCUGUCCGCCGAGUUCUUCCGGGGCCUAGAGGAGGCCGAGCUGAACGCCGGUGGCGUGAGCAGCAAUGAGCCGGCCCUGCUGGUAAGGCACGCUGGGCCCGUCUCCCAGCAAAGCCUUGCUCAACUCAAACGAGAUGGAGGCUUGGACGUCUCUUGGCAGGAGUAUCGACUAGGGGUUUUGAACGACCUGGGAAGUCAGGGGCUCGGGGGCUUGUCUGCUCUCUUGUUCCAGGCCAUCAAAAGCCUCGGACAACAGGCCGCAAGCCAAAGUCAACCUCAAGAAGUCUCAUAGGGAUAAGUUCGGUCUACUCAUUGCCUUUUCGCUUUGGGAUCUCUGGUUUGAAGAAAUUUCUCAAAUUAUUUGGCGCAUCACAGCGCUUGUCUGGCUAUCCAUUUUGUUGAAAUGACGACGCUUGCACUGCGCGUUAAAGCGCAAGUAAUGCCACAACGCCGUCCCAGAUGCAUCCAUAUCCUUUAUCUAUCCCGACGAGGGGUUCCCUGUAUUGUAAAUAUCAGUCAUAAGACCAGCCCUAUGAGCCAAUGCUCCCUGUGCGAUGUUGAACGCCUUCCCGCCAAUGAAAACAAAAGAAAAGAAAGGAAAACGAAGCAAAAAAAAGAAAAAGAAAAAAAAAAACUAAGAGGAAAAAAUCGGAAGAAAGUAGUGCAGUCCGACGAAGACAAAAGAGUCAGCGGAACCACCG